UGGAAAACAUUAAAUCACCGAAAAUGCCCUUGCACAAGAAUUGGACAUUCUGAACUAUUCCCUCGUCUCCCCUCUUUUUCUCUGUAAUGCCGCACCUUCUCUUCCAUCGACCACCACCGUUGAUUAUUCACCAUCAUAAUCAUCAUCAUCAUCCUCCACAACCCAUCAUCGAUUCUUUCCAGAGAUGUCAAUGUUCGGUCACGCCCAGAAGAUUUGCGCCGUUGAUUCACUUACCCAAGUCCGUCGGAGUGUGGAGUCCGUCGCAGAGGAUUGCGACGACAAGGUGUAUGGCGAAUCAGAGGAGAGUAAAAAUGGUGGCGAAGCAGAUAAGGAGAGAGCUCUCGGACAUGCUUCUCACUGACAAGGUCUUGCAGUUCGCCGUACUCCCCGAAGCCGCUCUGGGCGCCGAUCGCUAUCUCUCUUCUCUCACCACAAUCAGUGACGUCGUAGUCUCCACUGAUUUGCAGGUGGUUAAAGUAUUUGUAUCUGUCUUUGGUGAUGAAAGAGGGAGGGAGGUAGCCAUUUCUGGGUUGAAGUCAAAGGCAAAAUAUGUUCGCCAUGAGUUGGGGAGACGCAUGAAGUUGCGUCUGACUCCUGAGAUACGCUUUAUAGAAGAUGAAUCUAUAGAGCGAGGAAGCAGGGUGAUUGCAAUAUUGGAUAGGAUAAAGAAUGAGAAGAAGAUUCCAGGAAGCCAAGUUGAUGACCAAGAUGAGUUGGCUAAUCUACCCCAGGAUGAGAGGGAUUGGGAUGGUGAUGAUCUGGAUGAUGAAGGCAUUAUUUACAUAAAGUAGUCGCUUCCUAAUUGCUCAGCACUAAGGUGGUUGGGAUUUCUGAGCACAGCUUCGCUGCUCCAGAGGGUGGAGGCCUCACUUGCAGACAUGGGAUUGAAGUAUGUCUCCUGACUUGCCACUGUCGUCAGAAUCACGGCUCAAGCGAGUGACCCUGUUCGAAACUCCUGUAAUUGUCUUUUCUCCUCCAUUGUACUCAUUUUCAGUGCUUUCUUUUUAAUGUUUCAGUUAAUAUAUGAUGUUGUAUAAUGAACUUUUUGAACUUCAAUAGUUAGCAAAAUCACUUCAUACCUUCAAA